GACCGCACAUGUUUACAGGCAGCAUUCCGCCGGUUGAGGCUCCUCCGGGCUGGCGCGUAACCCGGAAUGGAGUACUUUGUGAACGGGCCCGGAGUAGACAGAAUGGGGUAUUUUGAAGCGAAUUCACCACCUCCGGAUGCAUGGCAGUGAACGCCGCCUAGACAUGCACACCAGGCGCCUGGUAAAGCGUUCGAUCCUCGGCAGCCGAGUCUACGCGACCGGAGAGGGCGCCCCGGUGACAGGAGUGGUCCAGGCUGGGAAGCAGGAGAGCUCGGCGGCGGCGGCCCGGCGCAGCAACGGCAGCGUCUACACGGUCCUCCUGCAAGACGGCAGCCUGAAGGAGUUCUCCGAGGAGGACAUCGCCGCCGGGUUCAACCACACCACGCCGAAAGCACCGCUAAAGUCCAGCUUGAAGAGCUCCAUCAACGGCGCCCCAAACGGCCACAAGGCAGACUGCUGCUCCCUCGGCCCUGAGGCAGCGGAAGGCGAGCAGCGGGAGGUCAACGGCAAGCGCAGCGGCAGGGAGCUGGACGCAUGUCGCUCUGUGUCCCUCCUUGAGCAGAAGCGCAAGGUGGUCUCCUCCAGCAUUGAUGUCCCCCACUCCAGGCGGUCGGAGGAGGAAGUAGACAUGGACAAGGUGACGGCCGCCAUGGUGCUGACAAGCCUGUCCACCAGCCCUCUGGUCAGGAGCCCGCCUGUCAAAGUCAGCGAGGCCCUGAGUGGAUCCUGGAAAGAGAACGGCUCAGCGGGACCCUUCACGCCGUCCAGCAACAGCUCUUCGGGGGGCUACUGGAGCUGGUCGGCCCCUAGCGACCAGUCCAAUCCAUCCACGCCCUCCCCGCCGCUCUCGGCUGACAGCUUCAAGCCCUUCCGCGUGCCCAGUCUGGGCGGCGUGGGAGGCGGCCCUACGGGGCCAGAGGACCCCAGCCUGGACGAGCAGGACGGCAGCAGCCUGCUCUUUGACGAGCCCAUACCACGCAAGCGCAAGAACUCCAUGAAGGUGAUGUUCAAAUGUCUGUGGAAGAACUGUGGCAAAGUGCUGAGCACGUCCGCUGGCAUCCAGAGACACAUCCGUACCAUCCACUUGGGGCGUAACUGCGACUCCGACUGCAGCGACGGCGAGGAGGACUUCUACUACACUGAGAUCAAGCUCAACACCGACUCUGUGGCCGAGGGCCUUAGCAGCUUGUCGCCCGUCUCGCCCUCCGUCCUCUCCCCAGUUUCACCUCUGACCCCGGCCCUCAGCCAGCAGCCCGACUCCCACAGGCCACCGCUGCCGCCGCCACCCUGCGAUGCCAAGGAGCCUCACGCUGGCAGCGCCACACCGCUUAGCCGCUCCGCGCCCAGCGCGCUCUACCUCAUCCACACGGACCACGCCUACCAGGCUACGGCGCCUGUGUCCAUCCCAUCCAACGGCAGCAACACGGUUGGCUCCGCCUCCAACAGCUUCACUCCCACCAACAGCUCCAGCUUUAGCAUCUCCUGGCAGUCGCCCCCCGUCACGUUCACAGGCAACACGAUGUCUCCCAGUAAGAGUCAUGGCUUCGGUGAGCAGCGUGCCCAGACCAUCGCGGUCCUCUCGUCCCCGCCCAGAGCCACCACGGCCCUCAGUCGUAAAGUGCGCGGCGAAGGCAAGAAGUGCCGCAAAGUGUACGGGAUGGAGAACCGCGACAUGUGGUGCACCGCGUGCCGCUGGAAGAAGGCCUGCCAGAGAUUUACCGACUGAGUCUGACGUCUCGCAAAAUCUCGCGCCUCGCGUCAUUUAACGUGGGGGGGAGGGGCGGAGCCUCAUUUUGCAUGCAUUCUCUUCAGCUCAGAAAUCGCAAAUCUGUCCGUCAAGCUCCGGCUCCGCCUCCUCGCAACUCAGCUAGCAGAUCCAUUCCAGCAUUCGGCGGCAAAACCAGGAUGUUCCCCCGCCUAGCCUCGCCAUUUCUUUCAUUCCCGCUUUUUGGGAAAACCCAGUGCAGCUAAACUGUGUACGAUUUUUCUUUCUCGUUUGCAUCUUUUCAGUGUUUUGGAAAGUUCUGUUUUUAAGACCAAGGAACAAAGAGUACAAAAAUACUGAAAGCUUUUUGGUUUUGGCAACAGUUUUUUUUUGUACGCAAAAGAAGACUGAAACGCUUUACUGAUAUUUUGUAGAAGGACUUCCUCUACAUCUCGUCUUUUAAGGACUUCUCCCGAGAUGAUGCGUCGGUGUCACGUCCUGUCCUAGCUUGCUAGUGCACCUGAGCCCGGAGGAAACACCUGGCGACUUUGCUUUCUUUGUUUUAUCAGGUAUUGGGAUGCUAAUUCGAGCAAAAACCAGCAGCUCCUUUUGGAUUGUUUUUGUUUUAUCGCAACCAAAAGCUCUUUUGUUUAAUUUUUGUUUCGGUGUCAUGCUUACGCUUCUUUUUUUUCUUUAUUUUGGUCAAACCAAGAUACUUUGAUGACAAAAAAGAAACGUGCACCACCCUAAAGCCCCCACUUUGCCCUUCUCCUUUUCCCCAAGGGAGCAAAACACCUUUUUAUUUUAGUUUUGUUUCUCUAGUAAGCUCACCAAAGGAGGAGGGCCUAAAACCAAACAAGAGACACUUAUCGCAGCACUUACUACAUUUGUUAGCGUCUGAGGGUUAAUUCCAUGCUCAAAAAUGUAUAAGCAAGAAGUCAUGUGACAUCACAGGAAGUUAGCUAGGUGGAAAAGCACUUGAUUAGGUCACUGUGUAUUUUUGUUUUUUGUUUGUCAAAUUGAUUUGUUCCUGUCGCUUGUUGGCGGAAAACAUCGUUAAAGCCAAAAAAAAAAAAAAAAGUUUACAGAUUUUGUCUGAUGCGACAUCACGUAACACAUACAGUAUAUCUUUUUUUUGUGAAUUUUCAUCAUAUUUUUGAUGUUCUUUUUGUUGCAUUUAUUCUCUGUUGAUACAAUGUGUAGGUAGUUUGCUCGUUAACUAACCACGACACAGGUGGUCAAACCUGUCACGCUUCUGGUGCUUCGGAAUGGAGCGCCGACCUUAACGGUGCUUCCCUAAAGAACAAAAAAAGAAUAAUCGUUGUGCUUCUUCCGCAUGGUUCCGUUGGGAAUUAACUAAAAAAAAAGUAUCCAUUGUUGACAAAUCCUAUAUAUCAUCGAAGAAAACCAUUUAAACAUCUGUUUUUAUUUGAGUCAUUUCCAUAUAAAUCUAUAUUCCCUUUUUAUUUCA